CCUACAUAAUAGAUUUCCUGGCAGAACUCAGACAAUUAUCAUUCCUCAUUCAGAGUCCAUCUUGGGGAAACGUAUUCUUGUCAUAUUUAAGAAAACCCCCUAAUACUUCAUCACGUCCAACCACUCCCGCUUGCGCUUUACUCCGAUCAUUCGGAGGCGCCCAACCGCUAUAUGACCUUCGAAUCGAAACCCGCUUCUCGCCAAAUACCAAAUCCCGGAGAACCUCGAAACCAGAUCGCCACAUCUUCAGGACGGGGGAAUGAGGGACUCGAUGGAGCCGGCAACCCCGGCUGGCAUCUCGCGGAGAAAUCAUCCCCUUUUGCGAAAUCAUGGGCGCAUUUCGUAGCCGGAGGAGCCGGUGGAAUGACCGCGGCAACCUUCACCGCCCCUCUCGACGUCCUCAAAACCCGCCUCCAAUCCGACUUCUACCAAUCUCAACUCACAGCCUCCCGAGCGGCGCGUGGAAUCCCGCCCCCGGAAUCCAUGCCCCUCCUCCGAGCAUCUCUGCUGCACAUCCGAGAAACGUUCCAGAUCCUCUUCGCGGUUCCGCGGGUCGAAGGCUGGAGAGCGCUGUUCAAAGGGCUAGGACCGAACCUGAUCGGCGUAGUUCCCGCGCGAUCGAUCAACUUCUUCACAUACGGCAACGGGAAGAAGGUCGUUAGCAAGCAUUUCAAUGAUGGGAAGGAGACGGCAUGGGUACAUGCCACUUCCGCGGCUUGCGCCGGUAUAAUAACCGGUACAAUGACGAAUCCAAUCUGGGUCAUCAAGACAAGGUUACAAUUGGACAAGUCGAAUGCCGAGAAAGGUGGAGGGCGACAGUAUCGCAAUGCGCUGGAUUGCACUAUUAAGACGAUCCGAGGUGAAGGUAUCAAGGGUUUAUACCGAGGCCUGAGCGCGAGUUAUUUGGGCGUGACGGAGAGCACCUUACAGUGGGUGCUCUAUGAGCAAGCCAAGAAGCGACUUAAUACGCGUGAACAGCGGCUGCUGAGGACGCAAGGCGAGCUCACGGGCCAGGACUCUUUCAUCCAGAACUCGCUCUUGCUCUGCGCUUCGGGCGGUGCCAAGUUCUUCGCCGCGAUUAUCACCUACCCCCACGAGGUUGUCCGAACGCGACUACGACAAAGCCCGGCGGAGAACGGCAAGCUCAAAUAUACCGGCUUGGCGCAGUGUUUCCGCCUGAUAUUUAGGGAAGAGGGGAUGGCGGCCUUGUAUGGUGGUCUGGUCCCUCACAUGAUGAGAGUGGUUCCGAGUGCCGCUAUCAUGUUCGGCACGUAUGAGGCCGUGUUGCGACUGAUGGGUACAGAUUCAAAGGUUUAGGGGAUGUUUAUAUGUUGUACGAUAUUGGAUUAAUGGGUGGCUCUGUACAUAUUGAGUGGCGGGGAGUCUCACCUCUCCCACAUAUGGGCCUCGUCUCAGCGCUCCGGGUGGAGCGCGGCGUAAGGUCAUCAGACGGCAUGGAAUGGUGCACGGGUUGUCUUAGUAGACUUGCAUAGACUAGGAGAUUCUCCCGACGACUAUAGGUGCUUCGUCCUGUACAAUACGCUAUGGAAAACGUUCUUGCUUCUCUGGAAUCUGGCGCGCAGAGCAAGAUUUUAAAUGGAAAUGGAUCAUAAUGCCAUUCAUCAUUCCAGCUUCAAUACCAAAUACUCCGACGCUAAAAGCAAUAUGUGAUGGGGUGGGGUCGUGCAAUCAAAGUCCUGCUCGACGCUGGAGAUAACAUUCUCGGAUAUCAUGGUGUCGCUCGCUUGG